AUGACUCUGGCCCCGAAGCGUCGUGUGGAGCGACAAGCCAAGGCGAGUGCGGCGUGCGCGGGCUGCGGCCGCCUCAUCGCCGAGCGCUUCUACCUGCUCGCCGUGGGUCGCACCUGGCACCUGCGAUGCCUCAAGUGCCGCGACUGCGAAAUCGCCCUCGACACGGAGCUCAGCUGCUACGCGCGCGACGGAGGCAUCUACUGCCGCCAGGACUACUACCGGCGCUUCUCAUCGCAGCGCUGCUCAGGCUGCGGCUCGGGGAUCCCGGCCUCGGAGUUGGUGAUGCGCGCGCGCGACUCCGUCUUCCACCUGCGCUGCUUCCGCUGCGCGGCGUGCGAACGGCCCCUGACGCCGGGCGACCACUUCGGCAUGCGGGGCAGCCGCGUCUACUGCCGCCCCCACUUCGAGUCGCUCCUUCGCGACGAGAGCCGAGACGACGCCGGCGGGGGGGGCGCAGCGUCCGCCGGCGGGGGUCCGCCCCCCGUGCACGGCAGGGGCCGGGGGUCGGCGCAGAGACACCGCCCGCGCAAGCGGAAGCCGUCGGCGGCGCACGGGGCGGAGAUUCUGGAGUACGGGCUAGGCUUGGGCUGCGCCGACCCUGACGGCUGCCAGGACGGGGACUUGGGCUACCAACAGUCACAGAAGUCCAAGAGGAUGCGAACCUCCUUCAAGCACCACCAGCUGCGUACCAUGAAGUCGUUCUUCGCGCUCAACCACAACCCGGACGCCAAGGACCUGAAGCAGCUCGCGCAGAAGACGGGUCUCACCAAGCGAGUGUUACAGGUGUGGUUCCAGAACGCUCGCGCCAAGUUCCGAAGGAACCUCCUGCGGCCCGAAGAGGGGGGGGGCGGUGGCGCGGGCAUGGACAAAGGGUGCGGGGGGGAGGGGGGCGGCGGCCCCCCCCACCCCUCCCCGGGGGGCGGGGACCUCUCCAGCCCACCGCUGAGCCCCGCGCUCUCGGUCACCACCCUCACCGACCUGACCAAUCCCGCGCGGCCCACCGUCACCUCCGUCCCGGGCGUCGUCCAAUCGGCGAGCCCGCCCCCGCCCCACCUGCUCGCACGCCGCUUCUGAUUGGUCUGCUGGGUUUUGUGGGGGGGGGGGUUUCAUGUGUCCGUUGUGAUGUCACUCUCUGCGGAUUACUUUAGCCGGAAAGUAAUCAGGAUUACUUUAUCCGGGUUUACUUUACGCGGGGCCAGAUUACUUUAUUUCGAAGGUAAUCCGGAUUACUUAACUCGGGACCGGAUUACUUUAUCAGAAUAACUUUAUGCGGCAGGCGAUCUGGAUUACUUUACUCAGGUUCGGAUUACUUCAUAUGGUAGGUAAUCUGGAUUACUUUACUUGGGUUCAGAUUGUUUUAUCUGGAAGGUGAUGGGGAGUACUUCACUCGGGGUUUGGAUUACUUGAUCUUGCAGGUAAUCUGGAUUACUUUACUCGUGUUCCGAUUAACCGGCCUCAGUUUUUUACUUAAUCUAUAGUAAUCUACUUUGGAUUAUCCCCAACUGGGGAUGAGAUGCUCGCUUGUAAUCGGACUCCUCAGAAUCGGGUUUCAAUUAACCCGACCUCUGCUCCAGAUUACUGGAUAAUAACACUCGCACUCAGUCCGAAUUACUCCGCCUUUUUAUUGCGGAUUACUGAGAUUCGCUCGACACGAGUUGGGAUUACCCAAACCCCUCGUUUGGAUUUUACUCAAGCCCCGAUAAAGAUAUAAUUAAUCUGUCCCCGGAUCGGAUUCCUUCAAUUCCCCAAUUAUCUUCAGAUGACUCGACUCGCAUUCUGCAGAUUACGAGGUCUACAGAUGCAAUCGGAUUACUCAACACCCAGCAAAACGUGAAAUCGACCAAUAUGCCGGGCAACGUUGGCUCGGUUUCGUUUGGUGGGCGACUCGGGAUCCAAUCACGUGGCCGCCCAACAAAAUCCAAUCGCCGGCUUGUCACCCUACCUCCGGGGGAGUGCAUCUUUCCGAUCGGAGCGGACCACACGGAUCUCCCCGUGGGGAGAAGACGGACAAAACCCGGAAUGUCAAGCGGGAAUUCCUGGAGCUGGAAAGUUCCGACGAAUCUCGUCUCCCCUGGUCCCCGAUCAACGUGACCCCCAAGGCUGCUGUGAGGACCGCUUAUUUGUGUUUCGUUUCGUCGUCUUUUCCCCGGCGCCUCGGGGUUAGCGCGGUUGGCGAGCGUGCGGUGCGAAAGAAGUUCACCACACACACACGCACACACGCGUGAGCCUCUGUUCAGAUCAGCCAGGACUUACGUUUAUCCCCAAACAAAAGCGUGCGGUGGGAGGUGGGGAGGAUGGGGACUCAGUUCUGCUUCGAGGGAGCGUGAAUUAAACACUUCAAUCACGA